AUGGCACGAAUACGGAUUUCAUUUGCAUUUUUCCUCUGCGCUAUCCUCUCCCUAGCAACUCUUGCCAGCGCAUCCGUCCCAACCUUCUGCAAAUGUACCUGCUUCAAAAAUAGCACCAUCAUCCCCCUCGGCCCUCAAAAACCGAACCAACCACCUCCUCAACCCCCCGCAACAACCUCCAAACCCCCUUCGACCUCCACGUCAACCCCCCGCCAUCAUCUUCCCAACCCCCAAGCCCUCGACCCCCUCCAAGGACGCGCAGCCUCUUCCUCAUGUAGCCAAUGCAACCGCGCCUUCUGCCUAAGCUACAACCUCCCGAUCUGCAAGGAUGCAGAGGAAAAAGAUGUGGUAGCCAGCUGUUUCCAGCGAGACAGCCGCAAAGACAGGGUGAUUGUGUGGGGGUUUAUUGUUGGGACGGCGGGAUUGCUGGGGUGGGCGGGCAUGAGGAGAGUGAUUUUUGAGGGGGAGAAGCCUUUUGGGUUUGGAGGAGGUAGGAGGAGAGAGAGUCCCGGUGGCGGGAGAGGAGGGGGUAGCGUUGGGGGAAUCGGUGGAGGUGGUGUUAGUACGAGGGGAGGAGGGGUCUUCGCGAGACGGACAGCGCCUGUAGCGGAGUACAACCCUUUGGAGGGGGAGGCCGGACCGGUGAGGCCGGGGUGA